GCACUUUUGAAAGACACCCCGGAGGCGCCGCCAGAGGCACUUGUGGAAGACACCCCGGAGGCGCCGCCAGAGGCACUUUUGGAAGACACCCCGGAGGCGCCGCCAGAGGCCACGUAUGACCUCGGAGUGAAGGAGGACUUGGCUAAGUUCUUGCAGGAUGCCAACAUCCGCCUCGUGCGCACGGAGUACCUCUACAAGCUGCGACACUCCAGGACGCCCCUGCCGAGACGGCAAGAAGCGGAGCAUGCAGUCUGCGAAGUCAGAGGCGAGGAGGCCUCUGCCUUGGUAACCCACGCGGAGCUCAGCGAGUGGGCGGCGGGGCGCAAAGACGCCCUGAUUUGCUCCGUGUCGCAUGCCUGGGAGACUAGGGAACACCCAGAUCCAUGCAGAUUCCAACUGCGGCAGCUGGUGAAUUGUGUUUCUCUGUAUGAUGCUGCCUACCAUGAUGACGUCUGGGUCUUCUAUGACUACGUUUCCUUGUUUCAGUUCGAGCGCCAGCGCCAAGAAGAGGAGCGAAGCUUCCGGCUGGCGAUGCAGAACAUGCAGGUGCUCUAUGCACACGAGUACAGCUUCACCUUUCGCAUCGAGAGCCUCACGCCGGACGCCGUCUGGCAAGCAGCGCUUCAGGACUCUUCGUUCAAGGUGCCGGUGUUUCAUGAAGCCAGCGGAGCAGUCCAACAGCUCCCGCUGAAGGAAUUGAUGGAAAACCGCGUUCCGUAUGGAGAUCGCGGUUGGUGCAGGGGUGAAGUGCAGUGGUCCUGCGCCAGGAACAGGACUGCACAGCACCAGAGGAUCGACGCAGGUGACCAGGUAGGAACAGAUGAGCUGAAGGGCAAAGUCCCGAUGUCUCCCGCUGCCUUCGAACAGCUGAUGGCAGAUGCCCGGCUUACCCACAGGUCCGAUAAGGAAGCCGUCAGCCAGCUCCAAGCGAAGAUUUUCCACGACAAGGUUUCAGCUUGUGAGGAGGCGGUGCUUGAGAACCUUCCUGCUGAGGAGGUCCGGCAUUUGGCCGAGUCGUUGAAGUUUUACAAGCGGCUGAGAGCCUUGAGACUCAUCAACGUCUUCAUCGGCAAAGAGGAGGCGAAGGCCCUGGGCGAGGCUUUAGCUUCGCUGAAGACCUUGGAAGACAUCCGUAUCAAGCCUGCAGAAGGCUCUGAUGGCAGUGCUGUGGCCGAGGCGCUGGCAGAGGCGUUGAAGCAGAGCAGCAGCCUCACCACGAUUGACCUCAGCGGCAAUGGCGUCGGUGAUGAUGGUGCCAAGGCACUGGCAGAGGCUUUGAAGCGGAGCAACAGCCUCACCACGAUUGACCUCAGCCACAAUCGCAUCGGUGAUGAUGGCACUGGCAGAGACGUUGAGGUGGAACAGCAGCCUCACGACGCUCAGCCUCAGCGGGAGUCUCAUCGGUAA